AUGUUCAAGCCCCUAACGGUGGAAAGGGAAGAUGAAGGUGAAGUGGGAAAGGAACUGAAAAUGCGGUUCUGGGGAAAGCGAGGCUGCGUGCUUACGGCAGCACCCGAUGGGCCUCGAGCCCAGCGCUGGCACUUCGAGGUACUUGUGCCCUGCUACUCUAAGUGGGUCACGGUCAAGUAA